CCCUUCCACAGGCGGCUGCGUAACGCCGCCCCACCACUCUCCGAUAGCGGCAAAGCGCGCUUUGUACUACGAAGGACAUUCGAGCGGCGGAACUGCAGGCAAGCAGAGGACACAGGAGCGCCGAAGGAAGCCAACCGAGACAAGCAGCUUGAACUGGAGAUGGCACCGAAAUACAAGUUAACUUACUUCCCUAUAAUGGGUGUGGCUGAGCCAAUACGUUUCCUGCUCUCAUACGGAAAGAUUGAAUUCGAAGAUGAACGAUGUGAUAAAGACAAAUGGCCAUCUUUGAAAGAAUCAAUGCCUUUUGGGCAAGUUCCAGUUCUUGAAAUUGAUGGGAAGAAGAUAUUCCAGUCUAUUGCUAUUUGCCGUUACUUAGGCAAGCAAGUCGGCCUGUCUGGGGCUAACGACUGGGAAAAUCUCCAGAUUGAUAUGGCUGUUGAUACAGUAUCAGACAUACGAAUGAAAAUAGUAAGUCCUGCAUAUGAGACAGAUGAAGCCUUAAAGGAAAAGAAGAAAGCAGCAGUCAUAAAUGAAAGCUUACCGUUUUUGUUGCCAAGACUUGACAAGUUGGUGAAGGAAAAUGGAGGUUUUCUAGCAAAUGGCAAGCUCUCGUGGGCAGACCUCUAUUUUGUAGCUCUGCUCGACGUCCUCAAGUUCAUGAUUGGGUUUGACAUAACAAAAGAUUAUUCAAACCUUUCAGCACUUAAAAAUACCGUACUUGAAAUACCAGCUAUUAAAGAGUGGAUUGCCAAGAGACCGAAAACUGAGAGAUGAAUGCAGUGUCUCAGUUUUAUGUUAAAUAUGUGUUUGCUUACAAAUUUUAAUUGUUCUGCACUGAAGCAUUCACUAUGUAUUGUAAAACUGUGAUAACCCAUUGUAAGUGCCAGAAGAUAUAAUAAAUUUUCUUCUAAAAACGA